UCCCGUAUACUGCAAAGUUUGAUCCCAUUUGGAAAGUCAAAUCGUGCCCGUGCGAAAACGGAAACUGGUUUCAGCGGCGCGUGAACUUAUUUAGAAGUGCGGUUGAAUUUAAGUGCGCAUUGCCGAAAUGGUCCUUGCCAAAAGUUUUUAGUUAUUUGCAUGCUAAGAAAAAACUUUGGGUCGUGUAAAAACAACCACGAACAUUUUUCACGUACGAAACGAUUGUAUGCGCGGGUGCAAGCGAGAGGGCAAGCGGUUUUGCGGUACGUGCUUCAGUGGUAUGAGUGAGUCGGUGCUUGCGUACGCGAAAGAGAAGUUUGAUGCUGAAGGAAACAUACAGAAAACAGUGUUGCCUGCAAAUCGGAUUGAUAGAUUCCGACGACGGUGCUAAAUGUCUCUACGCCGACAACGGCGCCCGUCAAAGUAUCAGUAGUUAACGUUGCUAGCCGGAAUCAGUGUGCGUGCAAUGUGCGUCUUCUGCACGGUUUAUCUUAAGUUGGCAGUAUUGUGUUUGCAUCGAAUAUAGAGAUGUGAACUGAACCUUCUGUGAACGAUCAGAGUGAAUGAGAAAGAAGUAAAAAGAGUGAUCCACAGGCAGGCCACCACCUAGCUGUAGGGAGAAAGCUUGGCCCAACGAACCGAACGCAAUGUUGAAUGGUCGUUUCCCGAAAGGAAUGUUGCUGGAAAAAUGCUAUUAGGACCGCAUAACAGCAUUACUUUAUCGACUUAAUGCAUACAUACUAUACUAAAUAAUAUAUUUUGUAAUGAAGUGACAUUUUGACGGCAGUGAAGUGAUUUAACGGAAGAUUUAGUGGCAAAAGUGUAGCGUGUAGAGUGUUAAUAACCUCUUGAUGUGCAAGUUUUCCCCUCUGUCCUUGCACCGCUCGUAUAUUCCAGCGGCUCAAUCAAACCAGCGAUGAAUGAGAAAUCGCUUAUUACUGAAAACUGCUCGUUGUGAACAAUUCGUACGGAUUAUGAUCCUGAACGAACAAAUAAUUGAGUAGAAUAUUAGAACUAGUAAAGUCGGGGUUAUAUGAAAAAGAUCGAAGAAAACUACGGAAGUGUGUCGCAGACCACCUUGAAAAGAAGAGCAUCUUUUUCAAUUCGUACUGUCGGUAGUCUGUCAGCAGUCAGUUUGUCAGUCAGCCAGCCUCUGUGUACAAACACAGAGCGCACACGCGUGCUAGUGGGACUCGCACGGACUGGAUAGCUGCAGUGUUGGUGGCAACUGGUGAAAGAAAACUAGCGUGUGAUGUUUUGCAUGAAGCCGAUCACGCUGUAUUAGUGAAAACGAGACGCGUUGUCCACAGCUGUAGUGGUAUCCGCGCUGGUACGUGCCUGCCCUGCUCGCUACAUCGGUACAUUUUACAAAUCGUUUCCCAAAAAAAGUGUGUACAUUAAGAAAAAUCAUGUUUUUCUAAACUGUCGGGAUUAAACGAAAAAUCAGCGUUGACUCUAGGUGAAAUAGUUUGUAGAAAUAACUAAACGAAAAAGCAAACGAUUUGUGAACAUUAUUGCUAGUGUAGAAACGCGAUAAAUUGUGCAAGAUUCGUGUGCAUAUCAGGCUUAGCGAGAAUCAAAACGCUCUCGAUUUAAUGAACCUAAAGAAGGCCCUUCACGGUAAAAGUGUAUUUCAAAGCCAGAACGGGAAAGUGAAUACAGGCAGCGGUCUGCAGAAAAAAACCACACACAAGGCAUAGUGAGAGGAAAAAUCCUAUCCAUGAGAAAUGGAAGUAACUAAAAUUACAGUGGCAACCUAGUCCGGUCGUCCAUAGGUCCGAGCUCUGAUGAAGAGUGCGAGAUUUUUUGCUGACCGUUUUAUUUUUCUUCUGCCAGGCUUGUGUAGUUCGUGGAAGUCACGCACGGUAUGAUGACGAUGGUCAAGAAAACGAGGAAUGUGUUCCGCCAUUGAAUUAUAGUUUGGGGCCUUUUUGCUGCAUUCGCGAGAGUGUUUAUGCGUGUACCUAUCAAGACGGCGGAUGCCGAUUAACAGAGUACCGUUUUCCAAUCGAAUUGCGAAAAAGUUUGACCGUGUCGAAAGUUGUGGGACAACGAUUGUUGGAUAAAAAAUAAAUCGUCGGAGCGGUCGAGUUUUGCGUGCGGCUACAUGGUUUAAUAUUACGCUUUACGCAGGAAAUUAUUCCGGGUCCUCCGCACAAAAAUUUACCAGUGUAUGUAUAUGUGUGAUGUAUUUUCCUCUUGCUGAGGUAAAGUGAAAACGAAAAAAAAAAAUAGAAUAAGGUGCUGAAUAAUCAAUCAAAUGGUAUGCCAACAGCGAGCAUCCAUCGAUGAAGGAUAAGAAAGAAGAAAAUCCAAAUCAGCAAGCUCCUCUCGGAAGUGUCUGCCAACAGUGUGUGCGGUGCGUGUAUAUUAAUUGUGUGCACUAGUGUGCGUGUCCGUGUCCAUUGUUAUCUGAAAUCGAUUGACGACAUCGCGCUUGUCAACUGUUCCUUGAUAAAAAGUGAAAUAAUUUGUCGGCUCAUGGCGUAACAAAAUUUCCCUUUGGGCGAAGAUUCUGCUGAAACUGGUUAAAAAAUUUCAAUCAAAUGUUUGAGAGGCAAACACCAACAAGAAAUAGUAAUUUCCCGUAAUCAAUAAUGUGUCCCAGGUGUUGCGGGGUCGAGCCAUGGAAAUAGAUGUGAAGCAGAGUAAGCAGCGCAACAAACGACGGGAACGGGCCCAACGUAUGAUAGCCGAGCGGGAUAAGGAUGCCGCCACCGAUGGUGCUGCUGUUACGGCUGGUGGUACUAGUACCGUGGGAAGUACCGGUGGCCCUGGCGGCAUCGAUCCAGAUGAUAGUGCCGACGAGGACAUGCCGGUAAACCGCGAGAAACCUCCAAGGCCCACGGUUCGACGCAAGCGAAAGGAGAAGGACCCUUCACCAAUUCUCGAGGAGGACAUUAUCGAUGGUUUCGCAUUCCUCGCAUUUAAAUCGUACGAGGAUUUAGAGUUUGCCAUCAAAAUCGCCAACAAGCGCAACGAGAAGCGCCUAUCGUCGAUUGUCGAACUGACAUCGAUCAUGGUGGACGACAAGCCGCCGAAGAUAAUAGACACGACCGCUCAGAAGCUCGAUCAGCAGAAAGCAGCCGAAGCGGCUUGGAAUUCGGCGGCUGCAGCGGCUACUGCUGCUGGAACGGUUCCGACCAACAACGGAACCGGUGCAGUACCGUCAAACGGUACGAAUGGCACCACUUCCGGACCCGGUGUUAUGAAUGGCGGCAGUUGCGGUAGCAGUAGCAGUAGUAGCAGCAGUAGCAGUAUAAGUAGCAGUUUAGGGGCCGCAAGCAGUGCUGCCAGCGGUCUGACCGUCGGUAGUAGCAACAGCAAUGGUAGCAGCAGCAGCAGCCUCAGUGCGCUUAGUUCCGGUAUCAGCAGUAGCAGCAGCAGUAGUAGCAGUAGCAGUAUCAGCAGUAGCGGUAUCGGAAGCAGUAUUAGCAGCAGUACGGUUAGUGUUAAUCACACCAACCACAACCAUUCGCUGCCACCGAACGUCGACCCGGGUACCUCGGACGACAGUGGCCGAGCUUCGGAACGACUCACCACAUCGUCGGUGGCCCAGCGGGAUGCGGACAGCUCGCGGGACCGGCUAAGCGAUGCCAGCAGUCGGUGCAGUUCCGGCAAAGGAUAUAUCUGUGAUAGUGAGGGAGACGAUGAUAAGGGUUCUGAUGGAGGGUCAGUUGUAUUCGCAUCCACGCCCCAGGCGCAACCGGCACAGGUGGUGCCCCCGGCAGUGGGAGCGGCGGCUCCCAGCCCAGCGGUGCCUCGAAAAUCGGACUUCCCACCGACCGGGCUGCCACUCAGCAAUGGUCCGCUGGCCGGACUGGCCGGCAGUGCUAGUCCGGUUCCGGUUCCGCCAGGAGCGGCCAGUGCAGGACCUGCUCCGCCGGCACCAUCUCCAGCGCCCGCAGCGCUUCCACCACCCAGCCUGCCACCGCCUUAUCCCUCAACACCGUUGCAGGUAUCCAAUGGUCCGAUAGGAGGAACCCACCUGACCCCUAUAGGUGGUGGACAUCCUACUGCGGUAGCGUCACCUCAGUCGCAGCAAGCCGUGGCAUCACCUCAGCAACCACAGCCACCCGCGUCUCCGCAGAUGGCCGGUUUGAGCAAUAAGCCGCUGUUGCCCACGGCUUCGGCAAAGAUACCAGCAGCGAGCGGUGGUGGCGGUCUGCUUGGUGUUCCAUCUGCUGCAACAACGGCGACGGCAGCACUGACGGCCAUUGGUGGCAAGCAAGGAUCACCUCAGUCUCCCCUGCAACAACAGCAGCAACAGACUAUUGGAUCGGUGCCGUCACCCGCAAUGCAACAGCCACCAACUCCUCAGUCUCAACCACCACCGUCGCCUCAACAGCUGCCCCAGCAGCAUAACAGUAACAGUAAUAGUAGCAGUAGUGGCAACACCAGUGUCAGUGGGAAGCCUUCAUCAGUUCCGAGUUUUAUCGGAGCUGGUUCCUCAUUUGCACCUUCAACGACUGCCUCGGCAUCUUUACCAAAUGGCCUACCACUAGUGACAGGACCAACAAACCUGUCGAAUAGCUUGGGACCGACAAGUGGUGGUCAGCCGUUGCACAGCAAUAGUAGCAUUAACAGUGCAGCUCCUUCAUCACUGCCGCUGAAUGUACCGCACACACCACCCGCAGCUACUCCCGCAAGCGGUCAAAGUCCUGCUAUUCACCCAUCGGUGGAAAGCUCCUUGGCAGCACUGCGAACUCACAGCCCUGUAGUGGCAACCAGUGUUGCUCUUUCGGCGGCCGUUACCCCAACCGGUCUGCUAAAUGGAUCUCACAUGACCCAUCCAGGAAUGCCGCCGUCGAUUAUGAUGCAGAAUGGCAUUGGCAGUAUACCUGCUCAUUAUCGCACGGCCUACCCGGGAUAUACGCCGUUGUAUCACUAUGGAACCUACGGCAAUCCAUAUCUAUCACCAUCGGUAGCUCCACCGAAUCUAUCUCCUCGAAUGCAUCCCGUAGGUCCACCCGGACUUGGCGGUUUGCCUCCGUCAAUGAUGGGCCUAGGUUUGAUGGACUCACGGUUACAACCGCCAAUGUCCGCAGCGAACGGAAGCCCAUCGCAAAUACGGGGCGAUCGGGACGCGUCUCCUAUGGGUCAACCUCCAACGAAAACCGUGCGGCCCGUCACUCCCAAUACCAACAGCAAUGGUAGCAAUAGUAAUUCAUCCUCUGCUCCUCCUUCGGCAGCCGCGGGAGGACCUCCUUCCGGUGCCAGUAGUGGGCCUCAUAUACCAUCUCCACAUGGAAUCAGUACGGCAGUUCCACCUGGUGCCACGCCUCCUACGCAUCCUAGUGGUGGUGCAUCGUCGCAUCUUUUGCCUCCUCAUCAUCCUGCAGCCGCAACACAACAACCACCACCGCUCUCUCAUCAGCAGCCACCUCCGCAUUUAGUAGGACCUUCCUCACAUCAUCCGCUGGUGGGACCACUCUUACCCGUGCUGCCACCUGGAAGUCACCAUUUACCGCCAGCUUCACAUCACCCGCCUACCAGCAGUAGCAGUAACAGUAGUAGUAAUAGUAAUAGCAAUAAUACCCAUCCCCAACAUCCGGCGGCUUCCAGCGGCAGCAUAGCACGAACGCACUCUCCGCGAGGGCAUAGUCCCAAUAGAGAAAGAGAUAGUUAUAGUAGUAACGUAAGUAGUUUAUCCCGUUCUACACCUGGUUCGGCGCUACCGUAUGGCAGUGGUGGCAGCAGUACAAGCAGUGCUAGUACCGGUGGUCCACCCACGGGCCCAUCUCCAACGCUUCCCUAUAGCUCGGCUGGUCCACCUGCACUCUCCUCUCCGGCAGCGAUGUCCGUUUCGUCGGCCUCGUUAUCGAUGCCUUCAUCUGCCGUUUCUUCUAGUCUUACCUAUCCUAAACCUUCGUUAGCUACAACCACCAGCUCCAGCAGUAGCCUGCAACCGGCAGGUCCCAGUGGAUGGCAUCCAUCAAUGACAGCCUCUGCAGGAAUUCCGCCAUCACACUCACCAGCUGGCAUGGCGGCUGGUAAUUCCAGUGUAAAUAAUAACAGUUCUUCCUCACAAUCGCGACCAACUCCUCCCUCACCUUCUGCCUCGUCUGCUGGACCAACGCCUACUUCGCUCUCUGCCGUACCGCCAACGUCAUUCCCGGUGCCACUAUUUACGGCACCGCUGCCACCUCCGGUCGUUUCGACGGCUUCAACUCCCUCGCAACCAACGGCACCGUUGCCGUUUUCAGCUGAAUCGCUUUUCUCAACGAAGGUUUCUGACCAGGCAGAUAUGCUGCGACGCGAGUUAGACAAUCGGUUUCUGGAUCGAAGUGGGCUGAGUACGGUUCCACAGUCACCAUACCUGCGGCAGGAACUGCAUCACCAUCAGCACCAGCACACACACCUACACCAGCACCAACAUCAGCAUCAGCACCAGCCAAUUCUACCAGCAGCGGCGGCGGCUACACCAACCCUCUUUCCACCUCCACUUUUUAAGGAUGUACCGAAAAUAGGUGCUGUCGAUUCACCAUUCUACCGCACUGGACUCGGGAUGCCCGCCUAUCCUGGCUACGGCCCUGGGAUUCUACAUCCAGGCCUAAGCGGUCCAACGCAAUUCGUUCCCCCAAGCCAUUUGCAAUCGUUCGUGCCGAAGCAGCAGGCCUCUCCGGUUGAUCCGGCUAGAAAGAAAACUGGCAAAUGGAAUGCCAUGCACGUGCGGAUAGCAUGGGAAAUAUACCACCACCAGGCAAAACAGAACCCAGAUAAAGCCGCGUCAAUGAAGACGGCAUCGGAUAUGCUGCGACCACCGUCGCACAUGUACCCACCAUCAGCAGCGGCUGCCGCGGCAGCUGCCGGUCUGGUGAGACCACACGAUCUGCCUACGCCUGCUUAUCCUCCAACUGGGCUACCAGGACGGCCUGGACCUUAUGAAUCGGCACCAUUGCCGCCUAGUUUUAUCAGUUCGGCAGCUAGUCAUUUGGGCGUUUCCCCCUUUGGCCGAUAUGCAUCACCAUACGGUGCUUCACCCUUCGGUGGACUGUCGCCGUUUUCCCGUGACCUACCACUCGGAUCUCAGAUGCCCGGAUCAUUACACGAUCCAUGGAGAAGAAUCCUUUCCAGUGCAAUACCACGCAGUGUGGGUACGUACCCGUCGGCUCCACCACCCGGAUCGGCUGGAGGAUGGCCUCCGACAAUCAAGCAAGAUCCCAGCAUAGCGGCAGAGACAGCUCGCCGAGAAGCCGAAGAACGUGAACGGCAGCGGGAACGUGAAGAACGAGAACGAGAACGACAGAGGCGAGAACGAGAGGAACGAGAGAAGCAGCGCGAGCGAGAGCGAGAGGAAAAACUGCGCAAAGAGCAGCAGGAACGCGAACGCGAGCGCGAACGAGAACGGGAGCGAGAGAGAAAAGAAAAGGAACGACGGGAAAUGGAACGGCGAGAGAUGGAGCGUGAGCGGAUAUUGCAACAGCAACAGCGAGAGUCGAAAGCGGCAGCCGCAGCUGCCAGUGCGAAUUCUAUGGUUCGCGAUCGAUCUCCGCUCCGAAAUGGAACGGAACUGGACAUACGGAUCAAGGAAGAACCACGAAAAGACGACGAAAUGCUUAUGCGAAGUCAAGCGGCAGCAGCGGCGGCUGCAGCUUCAGAUCCACGCUAUCACCCAUCGAUGAUGCCUCACCCAUACAUGGCCAGUCGGCACGCACAUAUGAUUCCCGGUACCCAAUUUUCUCGAUCGAUGUUGCCGCCAUCCAUGGGCAUACCAUCGCAUUUUCCACCCCCUACACCAUGGGGCCCUCCGGACCCUUUCAGAGACUAUCGGUUGGAGUCUUUACACCAGCUUCGUUAUAACCCCUUGAUGGAUGUGUAUCGAGCGGAAGAGGCCAAAGCCUCUCUCCUGUACGCAGCCCAAUCGGCGGCACAUUACCGAAGUAAAGAACCCAGUCCAGUGCCUCCACCACAAUCGCAUCAUCGAAUGCCACCAGGAACACCUGGUGGGCCUCCUGGAGGACCACCUGGUGGUGGAGGUCCUCCUGGCAGCUUAAAACCACCUUCCUCACACCUUGGACCGCCCUCAAAUGGACCCGUUCCAGGGGCCUCUCAAGGACCACCUGGUGGGCCGCCACCUGGCUCCGUGCCUGGAAUGCCAGGUGGAGGACAGAUGCCCGUGUCGGUAGAUAUGCACAAAAAGGAAGAUUCCUGCCAGUCGCGAUGAUAGUCCGCAGCGUCCGCAUCAUUGAUCGUUAUUGAUGACGAUUGAGGGAGCAGGCAGACAACUGGAAACACAAACACACAAACGUACGCAUACACCCAAACACAAGCAGCAAAUCGAAUCAAAAUCGUACUAUCUCGAUGUAAAACAGUUGCGUGCGUGCAACGCAUACAUAGAUGCAUGUGAUUGGGAGGUAGAGAACUUAGGCGAAAGUUUAAUGUAGAACAACAACUGGUGAUAUUUUUAUCUUGUAAUUAGCGUUACAAUAAUAAUUCGACACACAAAAGGAGAAGAAAGUGAAACAACAGCAGUCGGGAGCACACAAAAAAGCCGAGACGGAAAUUAUUAGUGAGAUAUUUAAUAUAUAUUCAAAGCAAAAAAAGGAAAGAAAAAAUAAGCCCCAGAUCCCGCCUCCCGGAAGCGAACUGAGGCAAACAAAAAUUGUGCAUUUUUUUUCAAUUUAGUGGAGAGCUAGAAACUGGAAGCUGUUCUAAGUAAUUAUUAUAGAAGAGAAAUCGUGCAAAAAAAAUUAUAGAAAAGGGUUUGACCGGAUGAGUAGUGUUUAGCUGAUAAGUACCAAAAACAAAACGGCCCGGGGGCGAAAGACGAGCAUGGGCUGAAGUGAAGAUCGACACUUUAGAACUGCAGAAAAGGAAACAACAAACGCAUGUACUAUACACCUAUACAUAUAUACAGUGUAAAUGUUAAGUAGUGAUAUUUGUAUAAACAAACUAAUUUAUAUUUGAAGAGCAAAAGAAAAUUACCGAUGUGUUAUAUAGUAGGUCCAGUACAUGUAGGCAUAUUUUUGUCCGCUGUGGUUGUACAUAGUUGCAGUCUUGAAAACGAUGCGCACGCCCACACACACACAACAUCGGAGGAAAGAUCGAUCAUUCAGCAGCAGCAGUUGCAUGCAUAAAAACAAUGCACAAUAAUAAGAAUAGCAAACUACAACAUGCAGGAGGAUUUUAUCGUGGCGAAAUUGUGGCAAAGUUGUGUUCUGUGUUAUGAAAAUAUCUUGCUUCUUCACUUAACAGGAACUAUUUGUUUGUUCCCCUUUGUGUUCGUUGUUUGUAAGUUUUUGUUCAAAUUUUAACCGCAGUUCAUAGUUUAUUUAUCUACUUCAAUGCUGGAGUUUAUCUUAUGCUUGAAUACUUUAAUGCCUCCUUGUGACGAGAGUGACGGUACUCGAUAAAAUUUGGUUGGGCCAACGAUUUGGGAAAUUCUUAUUUAUAUUGACUUUUUUUUUGCAUGUGUGCAUUUAGUCUGUGUUUGAUAGUAUAAUAUGUGUAUAGUAAUGCUUAGUUGCAAUAUUAUCACUGGACACUUGUUGUAUUUUGUAAUAUUCAUCGAAUUAGUUGGGCGUUCGAUUUAGCUAGUUUGUUGAAAAGUAAAUUGUUCAGUACGAAUGGAAAAUUAUCUAUUCUGAAGCAAAAGAUCGGAAUACAUUUCACAAUUUUGUUUUUUUACGGCAAAUAACGGACCUUUUUAAAAUUGGUAUGUCGAAUACAACGAAUGGCUUUCAAAACUACAUCACAAAUUGCAAUGAUUGCUUAAAAAUUUCAUUUUCUUAAGGUAAUUUCUUUUGAAAUGGCUAAAUUGCUCUUCUGGUUCAAUGACAGAUGUUGUGGAACCUGCAAUCUGGAAGCGAUUCAAGUUAUCGAGAAAAUUAAAACUAGUUCCAUUAUGUGGAUCGUUCAAUUUUUUACCAAUUUUCUUGUUUUCAGAAAAAAUAUCCAAACUAUUUCAGGACGGUGCACUAAUCUAUCUUUGUGAUAAAAAAAAUGCUGGUCAAUUGUUAUUUUCCAUCCGAUUGAAAAUAACUGUUCUGUGAAAAGCAUGUGUGGCAUAACACGUCACGUCACUCAUGUGAUCCAUAUUUGCAAUUUGAUUAAGUCCAGGUUCAUUUUUCGAAGUCAGGUAAGACGAAAGCGAACCAUUUAUGCAGUGGUGCACCCGACUCAAGAAACUAGCAAUCAGUUGCGAGUUAGGGAAUCAGUUAAAAUUAAAGUUUUUAGUUUAUUUUCGUGACCAGCUUAGGGCGUGGAUUAAUCUACGAGUGCUCUGUGAAGAACUGGCCACAUCGACGUUGGAAAAUCUGAAAGAUUUCAACGAAAAGAGAGGAGGGGCUCCUGACGUUAACAAAAUCCAGCAGGAAGAGUCAAAAUGCAGUACGAAAGGGAUGUAAAAUGAUACGGUUGUGGGAAAGGAGAUCAUGACGUCAAGAAACGCGAGUAUGAUAGCUAUGUUUUUGUCAUUUCGUUUAUGUGCUCACUAUUAGUGUUGCGUUGAAACAGUUCCUGUUGAAUGACCAUCACCCAUUUCCUCUAAUCGACAAUACUUUUGCUGCGCUUCGAACAGUUUUCGAAACUGUUUAAAAAAUGUUCUUUACCAGUUUGAAGUUUGUGUAACAAAGAAGUUGUUGGCGUGGAGUUUGUCGGAGGAAUUGACUACCAUUUGGAACGAAGUCAACUAAUUCCAGCAAAGCCAACUGUAGGACUCUGUUGUCAUGCUGUUUUUAGGUCAACGAUGUUGGGCCCAGUUUUAGUCCGUUUAAAGAAAGGGCCCGAAGAAGGUUAAAGAUGUGAAGCCUUCAGCUGACAUCAAGGAGGUUGGACCGUUUGUUGAGAUAGCAAAUAUUAUGCAAAAUUUUGUUUCAAUUUAGCCCACUAUUUGAAACCAUUGAUAUGAGUUGCUGAAAGACGGUAUAAAAUUUUCGUGGCCCGAUUAACUGCAAAAAGCGUUUGAUUGUGCAAUGGUUUACAUUCAGAAGACACUGUAUUGGCUCAUUAUCAUUCUGAUUUUCCUGUUCGGGUAUAUUAGCCCGUAUGAAUAAAACAGUUUACUUUGUUUUUCAUGUGUAAACCUUAUUGAGGAAGUAAAACUGUUUUUCUGUAUGUGAUGCUUUUAAUACUUAUAACUUUUAACUGUUAUAACACACGUGUUCUCGGAUAAAUCACGUGUUCCCGGAUACAAACGGCGCGAAACUGGAAAUUUCGCAAUUGGCUGUCUGCUAACCAAUAAUAAAAUCAACUACCUUUCCGGCAGGCAUAUUAAAGUCGUAACACCAACUGGGACGACAAACUUUAGUACGGAGUGUGGCCAGCAUAAAUCGCUGGCAGAGAUGAUAAAAUAACUUCAACAAGUUAAAUAGCAACGACAGUUGAACUGGACUGCUUUCCUUUGAAUAUUAAUAAAUAAACAAUUUGAGCUAAAAAAUAUUUGAAAUAUAUUUUUUCACAAUAUUUUUUAAGUAUUUUAUUGCACAGCAGAUCUGCUCUUUGAGUCGCCACUGCACCGGUUACAUCUCUCUGCGGCUACGGCUACGGCGACGGCGACUUCUGGAGCGUCGUCGUCUCGAAGGGUCUCGGCUUGAACUUGCGGCAUAUGCGCUAGAGCGAGAUCGGGACCGUCACCGUGACCGACGUCGACCGCGUGCCAUUGCAUCCAUCGGUUCCGGGUCGUCGCUUAAUUUUGCGUUCUUCUGAUCGGUGAAUAAAAAUACAAAUUACAUAAUUGUUUUUUUUUUUCUAAACUCCUCCGAAUCAACUACUUACGUUAUUAUUCAUUUUGAAUAAUUCUGUUUGAUUAUUGUUGAUUUGAUUUAAUUUAAAAAAAAAAUUAAAAACAAAAUUCGAAAGUCUCGAUCAAUUUCUGAUUUGGCUUCUAAUUUCUUGAAGAGAUAAAACGGAAAUGAAUGAAAAUUUUUGCCUGGCUGUUUAUUUCUACCAGCCUAUUUAAAUUGCUAAAAUAUUUUUUCCGCCGUUGACUAGUUUAUUUCAACGGGAAAUGAACACGCGGAUGUUUUUCUGUCAAACUACGACUACGGAGUUUGUUAUGUAACGGUAGUCCAUACACUCAAAAUAAUCCGCACAUAACUAAUGGAAAAUUUCCAUAUGAAAAUCCUUAUGAUUAUUAUGUGCCACAUAUAAACACAAUCCGCCCAGAAGUACACAUGAAAAUUAUAUGCAUAUGAAUAGUAUGUGCAAUUUUUAAAGGUACAUUUUAAAAACACAUAAAUGGUAACUGUUUGGCACAUAAAGUUCAUUUACUGGGCACAUGGAAAAAAUCUAUGUGGGAAACACAUAGAAACUAUACGAAAAGCUUUCUCAGUGUAGCGUUCCUGCAGAUUUCCGGCCAUGUUUCCCAGUCGAAUGCGAAGUGGACAAGACUCUCAGGAUGAGACUAAAGAAAUUGUUCAAUUUGGAUGGCCAAAGAUUGCGCAAGAGAAUGAAUUUGAAUUUUUGUUGUAUGGUCACCGAAUCCUUGUGCCUGCUCAAUUGAGGAAAAGGUUGCUAGAUCAAAUCGUCACUGUUCACUAGUUUGGCGCGAACGUUUCCGGUGGAUGAACCGAUCGGUUCCACCAUGGCUGCGGACACCUGCGUCUGGUAAUAGAAUUCACGUGGAUCAUUUUUUUUCUUUUGAGGAUCAUAAAUUCUGGUUACAACAGUAAGUGGGUUCAAAUUUUUCUAGUAGGUACGUAAUUUGCCAUCCAAGGAGAUGAUCGAGAAGAUUUGUGAGUGUUUUGCAAGAUUUUAUUUUGUCAGGGCAUCAGUGUCCGAUAAUGGAAUUCUUUUGUAGAAUGCAGUCGAGUUACUCGACUCGACUAACAUAAGGGCCAAUAACAACAAGUUUAGGUGCCUUUUUGCUAAUUUUUUGAAAACUUACAGAUCCCUCAGUACUUCUGGGCUUUCAGUGCAACAAGCAUUACCAGUCUUCCAACGCAAAAUAGAACAUUUCGUUUAUUUCGAUUGUCUCGUUUCAUGGAUCCCUGUCAUUAUUUAUAUUUUUACUAACGAGGAAAUGAUGUGUUCUAGAAUAUGACGACCACUGAUUAGAGUAGUCAAUGUUGUUUCUUUAUAUUCCUACAAAUAGUUCUCAUUAGUGAUAAUGUAUGUGUGAGUAGUGAUUCCCUUAGGCAUAAGCUAUUGUGCAGCAACGAACGUACCGUGUCGACUAACGUUGCUUUAAAACCAAACGUGUAGAACUGAUUCUCCAGCCUGUUUGUCCGUGUGCUGCUUAAUUAGAACACACACACGUACGACUACACCCUUAAGCCGACUAAAGGGUGCACAUCAACACAACACGCAGACAUUGACUCACUUUAUGUAUUAUACCUCAUGGUUGUUAUUUCUUUUUUUUUUUUCAAUCAAAAAACUCUCGCGCCCAAUUUGUCAGUAUUCUAUGUUUGUUGUGCAUGUUAAACAUGAAAGAAUCUCAUACACUAGCCCGGAAAUGUUUGUUUUUUGGUUUUUCAACUUUACUGUACAAUUUCCCAAAAGACAAAAUCUUACGGGAAUCGGUCCUCUUUUAGUAUCGGAAAUAAAAUUUAUACGCUAGUGAAUGGAAACUCGUCCCAAAGGAUGCGAACACGAACUAGGUCAUUCUCAGAAAAAAGCGACCAAGAAACUAACAUCAACUAGAGAGUAGGGAAACAAAGCACUGUGAAACAGAAAAAAGAGGAAAAGAAUGUGCAACUUUCGCCUAAAAACUGUUUAUAUGUAAAAUUUUAGCGUGUAAGACUCUUUUACAAAGCAACGCGAUUAGGAGAGAGUCUCGAUGUGUAGAUAAGUUUGCAACGCAAACUAACACAAAAAACAUCUUCUCUCACCUGAAAAAAAAAGAAAACCAUUUGCAAAAGGGCUGAAAACAUAACCUGGUGGAAUAUAGGGAGCGCAAGUUAAAACAAAUGAAAAGCAAGUAGAAAAGUAUAAUUUUUCUAAUAGGUCUAAACUAAAGGCUAAGCUCGAGUGCUUGCGCAUGCUAGAGUGUGACUACAAAUGCGCUAACUCCAGUUAAGUCAGCGAAAUCGUGUAAAAACGUGCGACAGUGUGAGUGCGAACUAACGACGGCAAAGGUGAUUAAUAAUCAUUAAACAAAAACACACAUACAUAUAUAUAUAUAAAUAGAGAUAUGAGAGCUACGAGCAGUCAGACUAUGAAUCGAUGUGAGAGAUAAUUAUUAUUAUUAAUAUUAUAAUUAUUAUUAUUAUUAUAAUUAGUAUUGUAAUUAAAUUGAAACAAGAAGGAAAUAUAAAACGCGAAUGUUUAGCGAAAAAUGCAAACCACAAAGAAUUCGGAUUGUAGCGAUUAGAAAAAAUUUAACACAAAUCAACAACAAGAAACGCAAAAGUGAGCACUCAAAACAACAACGACGCUCAAACAAGCAAUUCCGCCCCGGAUGAGCAGUGGAAUAAAUUGACAGGCGUCUUAAAAAAAAAAGCAUACACAAAAACACACAUGAAACGAACUCAAUGUGGCAAAGCAACGAGGCCCAGCUUCAGCCGGAUAGGAAGAACAAGCUACAAAAAAGUAAAAAAAUAGAAAAGAGCAGAAUUUCCACGGAAACACUGAGUGUACAACAAACGCGCAUCGUCGUCGUCGCCGUCUCUGCACUCGGCAGCGGGCGGUUAGGUUUUGUAGCUUAAUUUAACUACUUUCCCUACAUUUUUUAUUUAUUUGAUAGUAGUUUUUAAAUAAAACAAUAUUGUGAAACGAGAAAUGCAAAUCAAUCAAUCAUUCGUUUUUCGUCACCUGUCAAUAUUUUUAUUAUUUUCUACGAAUAAACACAAAAUACUUAAAAAUUCAACCCUGCUGUGUUUUUAUUUUCGACCCCUUUCCCCGUAUCUUUCCCCCCUCGUUGACCGCAUGCUUUUCAAACCAACUCAACCCUUUUUCCGGAGUCGUCCAAUUAUU